UUAUUUCAAUAGAAUAUGCAGCGCUCUCAGACACUCCUUCAUGUUCAAUUUUCAUAUUCAUCGGUGUUGAUUUUUUAAAAAAUGAAGCUGGUAUUUACCAGACAGAUGGGUUUUAAUGGCGGAGUGAGUUUUUGUUGAGAGAUAAAAUUUUUCGACAAAAUGAGACUUAUCAAAAAGUAAAUGAAUGGAUAUUUUGUGAAAAUAAAAUGUACAAGGAACUGGUAUAGAGUAGCAGUAGACUGUAGAGGCGGCAGGGGCGAGGGAGGGAGAGGGGAUAGGGGAUAAAGGGAAGGGGAUAUGAACUGGCGGCCAUGUUUGAGUGUAGCGAUCGCACGUGUUUGACGGAAGAAUCCGGGAUCGGACUGUCAGUCGUCGGUGAGAGGUGUUGAGUGGCGCUGUGCGUUAUAACAUACAAAACUAAAAUAUCUCUCAAACGAAAAUAAUUGGCCUUCUCUCCAGGUUACCCAUAGAAGAACCAUCGACAAGGAUCAGGAGAAAAUUUAAUCGGUGUGGAUUUAAAGUGAUUGAAUGUCAACGGGUCGAUUUAAAUCCACAAGUUGAUGGGACUCGAUCAGCUGUUUUAAAAUAGUUGGAUUGUUUGGAGUUUUGGAUUCACAAUGGAAUAGGUGUGAACGUUGGAAUAAAUAGUAGAAAAUAAUCGUGAUAAUCAGUGAUUUUGUGGAGACUGUGUAAGAGUGAGAUACGGGUAAACAGAUGGGAUAUGUGCGCAAUGGUGAAUUAUUGGAACGGGUGAAUUGAGAACCCCCGAGUGUUGAGGAUCGCGCGAGAAGCCAGUGAUGCAGUGCUGUAGUGCUAGUGCCAAGUGCCUUGUGCCAAACGUUUGGAUUACUUGAAGAAGGGAAAUGCCGUCCUCCGGGGGUUAUUAUGAUGAUAGGAACCCGCUUCUCAAGGGCACCUUAUCGAGCGUGGACCGGGACCGGCUUCGAGAGCGUGAGCGUCAGGCACGCGCAGCGAUGUCGGUCCAGGCAGAGCAGGCGGCGGCGGGCGGUGCUCCGGACACCCGCCACGGUCACCACAACCACGGCCACCAUCAUCACGCCAAUUCCCACGCAUCCUCUGCCUCUUCGCUCUUCCGUGCCCCCGUCAAGGUGAAUCCUGACGCGCAAGAUCGUGCCACCCAGCAGAUUCAGUCCAAGUUGGGGAAUUACUCACGUGUGAAGCACUUACUGGUCGAGCCCCAGAUGCUGUUUGGUGUUGUUGAUGUACCACCGAGUCCAGCGCCACCAGGAUCAGGUGGUACAACAAGAUUACAAGGUCGAAACAAUUGUCCAAGCUCACCGUCAACCCAGGAAUUUAAGAAACCCGGUUGCAAUGGUCCGCGGGGUGCAUCAGCAACGAGUCACACGUCACAGAGAGGUGGUUUUGUUAAACCAGCUGAUGGUAAGCCACCCUACGGUGGACGUGGUGGUUAUCCAGGCCAACCUGUUAAACAUGGUGGUAAUAGCAAUGAUCACAGAAGCCACGGUAUUAUACCAGCAAAGGGACCACCACUUGGUACUGGUGGGAAUUCAGCCGGAAACAGCUCUGGCCCUGCCUCUUCCGGUAACUGUCCUCCUUUGACUGGUAACACGAGAGUUCACGCUGCUGGAUCCAGGCUUACCAGGCUACCUAUUGAUAAUGGAAUGAGACAUGAUCUCAACGAUAGCGCCGACCUCGAGAAUAUUCUCAAGGAAAUGACGAUGCCACCUACACCUCUGACGGCAAUUGCGCAGACACCCAGGAAAGAACCAGAAUCUAAGUUCACGUUUAAUCCGGUUCUUGCUAAGCUGACUGAAGUGCCACCAGCGGACUCUUCCAAACCACCACAGCGUGAGAGGCACGGGAGCAGACUGUCUUCUGAUCUGGCACGUGACCUGAGCCUCUCCGAGGACAGCGAUGAUGAUGGCCUCAAGGGCACGCCAUCAAGGUUGCAAAGGUCCAGAUCUCCAGGCCCAACUAUCGAUUUGUCGUCAGCAUUACUUCCCCCACUGAUGCCACCAGCGCCUCUGCCGUUGGCUCCACCAUCCCCAAUGGAAAUGUCUCCUCUGGGUCCUCUGUCGCCCCCUCGUCCACUGUCGCCCCCGCGUGCAACACCCCCUAAGCAAUUAUCACCGGAGCGUCUGCUCUCGCCUAUAGUCUCGUCCCCUCGAAAACACUCGAGUCCAGGGAUCCUUCGACCCCCGAGUCCCAUAGGUCAGGCACCCCAGAGCUCUGGCUCAGCCUCAUCGAGCUCAGAUACUGGCUCAGAAUCGGGAACAGAUAGUAGUGAUGACUCGGAGGACGAGAGUGCAGGGGGACAGGCACAAGCCAAAGGCCCUAGUACACCUCCACCAACAUCACCUAGAGCUUCACUCGACGAGCCCCCAGUUGAGGAGUCCAAACCUCGUUGGAAUCUCAGCAGCUUUAUGUAUCCCCCCAAGGCUGUCCAGUCCGAUCGAAUCGAGAACAAACUCUCCCAGGAUGCCACCAGGCGUGAUAGCUCCCCCGAAGAAGUUCAGGCUCAUGGCAACAAUUGGCAGAUGGACGAAACCAUUAAAAAAACGAGAAGCUCUACACUAGCUGCUCUCAGUGACAGCGAUCAUACUUCUGACACGGAUAAGAAAAAAGUAGAGGAUGAAGAGCCACGAGUCGUCCUACCUGACAAACCCAAACCCCCCGAUGUACGGAAGCGUGGUAGACCAAGAAAGUCAGUUAAGGAGUCCGUCAAGAGUCCCAAGAGCCACAGAGCGCUAUCUGAAGAGGCCAAGACCACCUCAAAGCGUAACAGGCAGCGCAGCGUCAGCAGCCCUAAGAAGAAACCAGUGGCCAAAGCCACUGUUCACAGUAGUGAUGACGAGGCCAGCGAUCUCAGAUCGAGUGAUUCGGAAUGUGAACGUCGAAUUGAACGUCCAGCCUCGAUACCGGAGAAGCGUAAAUCCCGGCUGAGUCUGUCUUCGAGUGAAGACGAGAAAUCAACGAGAAAGCACAGUGCCUCUGAAGACGAGUCCGACUGGAGACGAAUUCCUACCAAGCGUUCCAAGUUGAUGGACUCACCAAAGAAACAAGAGAAGAAGAAGAGUCCAACAAAGGCUAAGCCGAGACGACCACGAUCGCGGGUGACAAACACCUCUGGCUGUGCCAGUGAUUCAGACAGUGAGUCUGAAACAGCCCACAGGAACAACAGGCAGAUAGCGAGGGUGCCACCAAGACCUCGAGUUCCCCCGACAAGAGCCACAUCCCUCGAUAAUUCGGACAGUGACAACAGCUCAGCACCAAAACUCCAGGAGGAAGACGGUGGUAACGUCCAGGACAAAAAGAAGAGCGACACGCUAAGGAAGCUCUUCUCCACAGCGAAAGGUGGAGCCAAGGGCGGUGGUAAGGGUGGAAAAGGUGGAAAGGGGGGUGGCAAGUGUGGUAUUUACGUUGAAGAGUACACAGGCUCGGCAAACACACCAACGGGCAGUGAAAGCCCGUACAAGAGGCCUUCGUCACAAGCUUCCGCACCAACAAAUUUUCCAUGCCUCACUUAUAGCAAUGGCAUUCCGAGCUUAAUGUGCAAAAUCGACUUGACUAGGAUUCCUCACAUACCGCAGGCGUCGAGGGGUCAGGAAAUUAGAGAGAGAACUGAGCUGUCUGAUACCAGGCCAAUAUCGAGACAAUCUAGUGGUAAAAAUGAACGUCCAUCGACACCUGAGGAGGGAGAAAUCAUCGAUACAGUGUCUCCAACUGACUACAGGACUCACGGUGAUAAUGAGAUUGAUGAUAAAGUUAAACGUACUGCUAAAAGUGAUAAUGAUAAAAAUAGAGCCGGCCCAAGUGGCAGUGGCAGUAGCAUUGGCAGUGGCAGUGGCAUUGGCAGUGGCAUUGGCAGUGGUAGUGGCAAUGCAAGUGGUACCAGUGGUGCUAGUGGAUUUAAUGGUAAUGCACCCAAACGAAAACGUAAUCCAAGUUGUAGUUCCAGUGUUAGUGUUUGUUCGGUUGAGUCAAAAGUUAAGGGAGAGCACAAGGAGAAGAAGAAACGGAAAAAGAAACAUGGAGACAAGGAUGGGGCCAUCAAGAGGCCACCUCCACGACAGAAUGAUGCACAACCAACUAAUCACGAGCGGGAAGACAAGCCUGAUGUUCAUCUGCUGCCACCACCGGCAGCGCCACCCCAGAGGGUAUUCUUCUCCUACUUCAAUCCUCUCAAUGAAGUUCAAGAGGACCAGGUUCGGGACCAAAAUCAGUACCUGACAGAAGCAAAGAGGUUAAAGCACAGUGCAGACCAAGAGUGCGAAUUAACAGCCCAGGGCAUGUUGUACUUGGAGGCAGUUCUGUACUUCCUUUUAACGGGCCAUGCAAUGGAGUCUGAUCCCGUAACCGACAGGGCCUCCUUCACCAUGUAUAAGGACACACUCAGCCUCAUCAAGUACAUCUCUUCGAAAUUCAAGAGUCAACAGAACAAUUCACCCGAGAGUAGUAUUCACAACAAGUUGGCUAUCUUGAGUUUAUGGUGCCAGUCCCUUAUUUACUUGAAACUCUUCAAAAUGAGAAAAAACGAAACCAAAGAGAUUCAGAAGAUCGUUGGUGAUUAUCAUCAAAAGCCAACACAACCAACUGUUGUACAGCCUGAGGGUCAGGGCACCCCCUCACUCUCGCCCACCCCAUCACCAGCAGGCUCAGUUGGUUCAGUUGGUAGUCAGAGCUCGGGUUACAGCAGUGGUGAAUUAGCAAAUCGUGGCGCUGCUACUGGACAACCACCAGCAGCAAUGUACGUCAGUGUUCCCUUAAAUGUUCAUUCGGCCAUGCAGAAAUUGACACAUCAGUUUUCAUUACUCAUGAGUUGUCACGAUCUCUGGGAUCAGGCUAAUGCUCUUGUCACUGAUAAGCAUCGAGAAUUUUUUGUCGAAUUGGACGAGAAAUUGGGUCCUCUAACUCUCAAGAGCUCACUGCGAGAUCUGGUGCGUUACGUACAAGCUGGAAUAAAGAAAUUACGAGCCCUCUGACCCCAGUGGCACAGUCCCAGGCCGCCCACUCCCAACUACAUAACGGCGCUCCCUCACAACAUGACAACCUAUCCCACAAUGUACACGUAGCCAUCGUCACGUCUAUCAACUCGUUGCAAGGCCAAUAAUUCAUUCACCGAGAUUUUAUUGGGUGGUAGGGACGCCAACAAAGCCGGCACAUAUUCAUCAAAUUCAACAUUUGAAAAUGGGCAAAAAUAACUUGAGUUAAUCCUAAAGGAUUUAUUCAAUGCCAGGCUGGUAUUCCACUGAAGAAAUAAUCGAGAGCACGUUACUUCGUGUUACUCAAAAAUUUUUAAUGAAAUAAAAAGUGCAUGAGACUGCAACGUUAUCAAGUUAUCAUAAUUCGACAUGAUUGAUCGGUAGGCCUCGAUAUUCUUUCCCUACCCACUCCAAACACCCAAAAUCACAUGUUCUGCUUUUGUAAAAAAAAAAAUGUGCGUAGAUACACAAAUAAUAAACCAGUGGUGCUGUUGAUAAAGAGUUCACGGAAACAACAAAAUAUUUUUCACAAACAAUAUUUAUCUCAUAGAAGAGGGUAUUCUAUUCUCAAUAAAAAAAAAAAUCGUCAGAUCUGAUAAAACACUUGUGUCUCACAAAUUUUCAAAUUAGAUACACAUUUUCUUUCUUUUUUUUGGCCUUUGAUUAUAGGUGCGAGAAAAAAAAUCAUUUGUCAGGGACUGUGACGACUUCUCAACAUUGACUAGAGAAUGUUUUCUUUUAUGAAGUAAUUUGCUCUGUGAAUAGCAUUUUUUUCUCUCAGUGUACCUGAUAUCAAUUAUACGCGCUGAGCAGCAUCACAUAGUUUAUUUAUAUGUAGGCGAAUUAUAUAUUAAAAAGAAAUCCGAUAGAUCUAAUAUUAAACGUAAAAUUGAAUGAAUUAAAAAUAUUAAUCUGUAUAUGAGUGCUCUUGCCCUCGGGGUUAUUUGCGUGCGUGGCAGGGGGAGGGGAGGAAAUCAUUGAGGGAUCAUUCAAUUUACCGCGCAAUGCCUACCGACUGUACAUUAAAAUACGAAAAACCGCGGAUGGAACAAUUUUUGUAGAUAAGAUUAAACAAAUCAGUAAUGAGAAUAAUUUAAUUAUUAAAUUAUCAAAAAUACAAAAUAAAAAAUGAAAAAAAAAAAUCAAUACAUAUUCUUUACAUUAUCUAGUUCAUAUUGGGGAAACUAGAGGUUUUAGUAAAAUGAUGGAACAUUAAUGCGAGGGGAGUAAUGGUAAAUAAUUGAAAAUGAAAACAAGUAAGAAGUAAGUUGCUCAUGUGUAUAUUUUUGUAAAUAGGUAUUGUGAGUGCCGCCGCCUUGAGGGAAGAGUUCUCCGAAAAUUGUCAUUAACUUGCAAUUAAAAGAGUCUCUUGUCCGCCCCAAAUUUUUGCUACCAUAUGUCUUACCGAAAUGAAAGAAAUAAAUCAAUUAAGAGAUGAAAAAACGUUUUAAAAUUAUACCAGAUUGUUAUCUGGCGCAGAAUCAUAAAACCAGUCCACCGAAUGCUAUUUUUUUCUCCCUUUUUUUUUCGAGAUUUAUUUUGUAAUUUCUCUCAGCCACGAGGAAAAAAUAUCGAUUACUUCCUUCCUUGCUUGUUUUCGCUCAUUGUCUCAACGAUGUAUCAAAAUUUUUUCGUGAAAAUCUCUAGGAAUUGGUUUUUUUUUUAUUUUUAUUUUUUUUUUAGAAAGUUGCCAACUAGGAUGACGUGAAAGUUGUGGCUGCAGAUGUGAUUUUCAAUAAUUAGUGGCACGGUAAGAUCAGCAAUUAAACUGAAGAUAAUUUUUUCGUAUGCGGCAAUGACUCGAGAGUGGGCUCCACUGGCCCUAAACGUUCUCCAUGUGGUCCAAUGGUUCACGGGGCACAAUUUUCUAUUGCAACUGUGGAACAAUGUCGAAUAUAAUGAGAAACCAAUCCAUGAAACAAAAUUAACAAAUUCUCCAUAUUUUAGAAAAGUAUUUUAAAUCAUAAAGGACUUAUCAAAUUAUUAGAGGAUAUAUCAGGCCCUCGUACCACUCGAGUCACUUCCAUAUCACGAAGAUCAUCACUAGAAGUGAUUAAACAUAUAAAAUAUAAAUUUCAUGUGGGUUGCGAUGUUAUUCAUAUUAUUAAACGACAAAUUCCGAUCGUGGUUGAGAGAACAGAGGAAAUUAAUGAAAAGUUUAAUAAAUUUGUAUUUAAUAUUUGAUAAAUAAGCAGCAGGAACUACAAAAGAGAGGAUUUUGAUCGGAGUGAGUCGAUAAAUUUCCUUAAUCAAAUGACUGCUGUUUAUUUUGUUGAAUGACUAUGUUCUCUUGGAGCCUUUACCCAUUACAUCAUAAAUGUAAUAUAUUUAUACAUAGAAUAUAUGUACAGAUGAAAGAGAAAGGGAACCUUACAUUAUUAUCAUAUUAUAUUACAUUACUAUUCGUAUGAUUGCUAUAUUAUUUUAUUAUAUUCGUACCGAACUACUAUACAUACAUGUCUAUUUCCGAUAAAUGUGUCACUGGGACUAAAAUCGUUUCUCUCCUUACGUUCGUUCCAAAAAGUUGACUAAUAGUUGAAUCAGCUAUUCUUUCGUCUCUACUGUCGUAAACGAGUCUAUCCAAUUUCCAUUGAUCAAAUUCACUAGCAAAGUCAUAAAGCGAGAUAAGUCGAACUUUCCACUUUUGUUAAAUAUCCAUUGAUAUAAUUAAGGCAAAAUAGUAAAUACGACCAAUGUCACUUUAUCACAUAGCUGAUGAAUCAAUUGGCCUUUUCGUUAAUUCUCGUCAAUUGGUGCUCAAUACUGAAUUAAUACGAUUUUCUUCCCCCUUGAGCAGGAAUUCUAUUAGUCUUCAUAUUAUUUUCUCCAUUUCUGGGCUUCAUAGAAACAAGUCAUCACAUUAAUUGCACGCAAUUGUUUUAAUUCAAUGAAUGAGUAAAUUAUUGAUCGGCCAUACGGACAAAAUUAGCACACAACACAUUAAUUAGAGGUUAAAUGGUGAAUUGUUUUUUGGCAAGUAAGGAAUUAAAUGUGAAUUCAGUUGCAACACAAAUGAAAAAUUGAUGAAUGUGAGAACGUACAGGUGAUGAAUGAAGGAUUGAGAGAAUAAGAGAGGUAGGGGAGUGAAGGGCAACCACCGCACCAAGGAAUGACCAAACUCACUCAUUGAGACAAAUGAAGAAGAAUCGAAAAAAAAACCCACUUAACUACUCGCUUUUUAUUUAUUUUAUUAUCAUUAGUUAUUCAUAAUAAUUAUUAUAUUUAUUGGUGUGAAGGCUGGAUCACGAGUUCAACGGCUGAGCCACCUCUAUGACGCAGUAAAACAAUAAAUUUGUUAUUGGAAUUAUUUCAAUUGUUGCAUAAAAUAUUGUUUCCAUUUCUUGAUGGAGAGAUGAUCGAUGAGGGACGAGCGAAAUCGUUGGGCAUGACUGAUUGUUUUCAAUUUUUAUCCAACAACAAAUCAAAUGAUAUUUCAAUUAAGAUGAAAUUGUACAUGAAAUUAUCACUCGAAUUUUUAUGUAUAAUAAUAGUUAAAUGGAUGUUACUUUAGUUGAUUUAAUACUGUGUACAACGAUUCUGCUUGUCUUCUAAUGGAAUUAUAAUUUCCUUGAUUAAUUAAUUUAUGAUUUAUACAAGUUGGCAUUUCUUUUCUAAUCGGCUGAAGCAACUCAUUGAUUAUUCAAUAUGAAGUUAAACAAACUAACAAAUGGCACAUUUAUUUUUACAACAGUGAAAUAAGUGUGUUGCGUUUUAAAUGAGAAUUGCUUGGGGAAAAAAAAACUGUGCAGCUUGCCUCAAUGACAAAUUAAAAUAGAUAAAGUUUUUAAACAAAAAAAAAAAAUGUAACAACCGUGACAA